CCUCGCCGUCGUGCACGACAACUUCAAGACUCUUCAAGAUGGUUCGCUACGCCGGCGCCGCUUUUGCCGCUAAUCCCGAAAAGACCUCGAAGGCGCGCGGCGAGUACCUCCGCACGCACUUCAAGAACAUGCGUGAGGUCGCGGCUGCUUUGACUGGCUUGAAGCUCCAGAAGGCGUACAAGUACCUCGGCGAUGUCACGGAGCACAAGCAGAUUAUCCCCUUCCGCCGUUUUGCUGGUGGCAUUGGCCGCGCAUCGCAGGCGAAGCAGUUCAAGACCACGAAGGGUCGCUGGCCGGAGAAGUCCGUCCGCUUCAUCCUCCGCUUGUUGAAGAACGCCGAGGCCAACGCGGAUGCCAAGAACAUCGACGUUGAGGAGUUGACGAUCAAGAACAUCGUUGUGCAGCAGGCCCCCAAAACCCGCCGCCGCACUUACCGCGCACACGGUCGCAUCAACCCCUACCUCGGCCACCCCUGCCACGUCGAGGUCAUCCUCGCCGCGGGUGAGGAGGAGGUUGAGAAGAGCACCGACAAGGUCGCCUCGACCGCGCUCACCGGCCUCAACCGGCGACAGGUCGCGCGCAAGCGCAUCGAGGCUGCCCGCGCAUGAGCGCGCCUUGAUCUCCCCUUGCGCAUCCAGCGUCCCUGGUGAGGGGCGCGCCCACCAUAUCCUGCGCAUGCCCACACUGCAAAUACGCCGUAUGCCCACUUCAUGUACCACCUCAGCCAUUCAUAUGCGUUCUAUGCUAUGCAUCGUGUUCACGCCGGGACUAUCUGUUCAGCCUUCGCUGCAUCCAACCAAGCUUUGUUCUGAGGUUCGUCA